GCCAAGGCCCCCGACUGCGGCCGGCGGGAGGAGGAGGAGGGGGCGGCGGCCGCGAGGCAGGAGGACGCCGGAGCUGCCGAGGCGAAGCCCGAGCCUGGGCGCGCGCGUAAGGAUGAGCCUGAAGAGGAAGAGGACGACGAGGACGACCUCAAGGCCGUGGCCACCUCCCUGGACGGCCGCUUCCUCAAGUUCGACAUCGAGCUGGGCCGGGGCUCCUUCAAGACGGUCUACAAGGGACUGGAUACCGAGACCUGGGUGGAGGUGGCCUGGUGCGAACUGCAGGACCGAAAGCUCACCAAGCUGGAGCGGCAGCGAUUCAAGGAGGAGGCAGAGAUGCUGAAAGGCCUGCAGCACCCCAACAUCGUGCGCUUCUAUGACUUCUGGGAGUCCAGUGCCAAGGGCAAGCGGUGUAUCGUUCUAGUGACCGAGCUGAUGACCUCAGGGACGCUGAAGACGUACCUGAAACGGUUCAAAGUGAUGAAGCCCAAGGUGCUGCGCAGCUGGUGCCGGCAGAUCCUGAAGGGACUGCUCUUCCUGCACACGCGGACGCCGCCCAUCAUCCACCGAGACCUGAAGUGUGACAACAUCUUUAUCACUGGGCCCACUGGCUCUGUAAAGAUUGGUGAUUUGGGCCUGGCCACUCUCAAAAGAGCAUCAUUUGCCAAAAGUGUGAUAGGUACGCCUGAGUUCAUGGCGCCAGAAAUGUAUGAGGAGCACUACGAUGAGUCUGUGGAUGUCUACGCCUUCGGAAUGUGCAUGCUGGAGAUGGCUACCUCAGAGUACCCCUACUCGGAGUGCCAGAAUGCUGCCCAGAUCUACCGCAAGGUCACCUGUGGCAUCAAGCCGGCCAGCUUUGAGAAAGUGCACGAUCCUGAAAUCAAGGAGAUUAUUGGGGAGUGCAUCUGCAAGAACAAGGAGGAAAGGUACGAGAUCAAAGAUCUGCUGAGCCAUGCCUUCUUUGCGGAGGACACUGGUGUCAGGGUGGAGCUGGCGGAGGAGGACCACGGCAGAAAGUCCACUAUCGCCCUGCGGCUCUGGGUGGAAGACCCCAAGAAGCUGAAGGGCAAGCCCAAGGACAAUGGAGCCAUAGAGUUCACCUUUGACCUAGAAAAAGAGACCCCUGAUGAGGUGGCCCAGGAAAUGAUUGACUCUGGAUUCUUUCAUGAAAGUGACGUGAAAAUUGUGGCCAAGUCCAUUCGCGACCGUGUGGCGUUGAUCCAGUGGCGGCGGGAGAGGAUCUGGCCUGCACUACAGUCACAGGAGCCAAAGGACUCUGGCAGCCCUGACAAGGCCAGGGGUCCACCUGUGCCCUUGCAGGUCCAGGUGACUUAUCACGCACAGGCUGGGCAACCUGGACCACCUGAGCCUGAGGAACCAGAGGCUGACCAGCACCUUCUGCCCCCCACGCUGCCGGCAAGUGCCACCUCCCUGGCCUCGGACAGCACCUUCGACAGUGGCCAGGGCUCCACGGUGUACUCAGACUCACAGAGCAGCCAGCAAAGCAUGGUCCUUGGUUCCCUUGUGGAUGCAGCUCCGUCCCUGGCACCAUGCAUGUGCAGCCCUCCGGUGAGCGAGGGGUCCGGACUGGCACACAGCCUGCCCUCCCUGGGGACCUUCCAGCAGCCCGCCGCCACGCAGCAUUUCCCGGAGCCUACGAUGAGCUUUGCCCCUGUGCUGCCACCGCCCAGUGCCCCCGUGCCCGCAGGCCCUGGCCAUCCAGCGCCCCAUGCCCAGCAGGCACCUCCAAUGGCCCAUCCACCAGCCCUGCCUCAGGUCCUGGCCCCACAGCCCUUAGGCGCUGUCCAGCCAGUGCCCCCUCACCUGCCUCCGUACCUGGCCCCAACCUCCCAAGUGGUGGCCCCUACUCAGCUGAAGCCCCUCCAGAUGCCGCAGCCACCCCUGCAGCCACUUGCCCAAGUCCCUCCGCAGAUGCCUACAAUGCCGGUGGUUCCCCCCAUCACACCACUAGGUGCAAUCGAUGGCCUCCCCCAGGCCCUCACUGACCUGCCAGCUGCAAAUGUGGCCCCUGUGCCGCCACCUCAGUAUUUCUCUCCUGCUGUGAUCUUGCCAAGCCUCACCACCCCCCUGCCUGCGUCCUCUGCCCUGCCUCUGCAAGCAGUCAAACUGCCCCAUCCUGCUGGGGCACCCCUGGCCAUGCCCUGCCAGACCAUCGUGCCAAAUGCACCAGCCACCAUCCCUCUGCUGGCCGUGGCCCCGCAGGGCAUGGCUGCCCUGUCCAUCCAUCCUGGUGUAGCCCAGCUCCCAGCCCAGCUCCCAGCGCAGCCAGUAUACCCGGCAGCUUUCCCACAGAUGGCGCCCGCGGACAUCCCACCUUCCCCCCACCACACAGUGCAGAGCUUACGGGCCACCCCUCCACAGCCUAUACCACCUGUUCCCACGGUACCAUCCAUGCCCACAGUGCCGCCUGUACCCACACUGCCACCUGUGCCCACGCCUGCACCUCCUCAGCCCCUCAUGCCUGGUGUUUCCCACUUGCCCGAGCAAGCGGCUCCAGCUGCUACCGCCACAGGGAGCCAGGUCCUGCUGGGCCACCCACCUCCGUACACUGUGGAUGUUGCUGCUCCGGUCCCUGCUGUCCCCCUGCCGCCUGCUGUCCUCUCCCCACCUCUGCCAGACAUGCUGCCGCCUGGUGCCCCUGAGCUGCUGCCUAAGUUCCCCAGCUCCCUGUCCUCCACAGUGGUGGCAGCACCUCAGAGUGUGCCCGCCCAGACCAGCACACUGCUGCCGCCAGCAAACCCACCACUGCCUGCUGGACCCCUGAUUCCUGGCUCCUGCCCAGCGGUCCAGGUGACGGUGGAACCUGCACAAGAGGAGCAGGCCUCGCAGGACAAGCCUCCCGGCCUCCCGCAGAGCUGUGAGAGCUAUGGCGGCUCUGAUGUCACUUCUGGGAAAGAACUAAGUGAUAGCUGUGAAGGCACCUUUGGAGGGGGCAGGCUGGAGGGCAGGGCCGCCCGGAGACACCACCGCAGGUCCACGCGUGCCCGCUCCCGGCAGGAGAGGACUAGCCGGCCCCGGCUCACCAUCCUGAAUGUGUGCAACACAGGGGACAAGAUGGUGGAAUGCCAGCUGGAGACACACAACCACAAGAUGGUGACCUUCAAGUUUGACUUGGAUGGGGACGCGCCUGACGAGAUUGCUACUUACAUGGUGGAACACGACUUCAUCCUGCCGGCUGAGCGCGAGACGUUCAUCGAGCAGAUGAAGGAUGUUAUGGACAAAGCAGAGGACAUGCUCAGCGAGGACACUGACGCUGACCGGGGCUCCGAUGCGGGGGCCAGUCCGCCGCCUCUGGGCACCUGUGGCCUGGUGGAGGGGGAGGAGGGCAGACAGUCCCCAGCAAAUGCUCCUGUGUACCAGCAGAAUGUGCUGCACACAGGGAAGAGGUGGUUUAUCAUCUGCCCGGUGGCUGAACACCCAGCAGCCGAUGUCCCUGAAUCAUCACCCCCACUUCCUGUAAGCUCCUUGAAACCAGAAGCCAGCCAAGACCCAGCACCCUACACAGACCAGUUUUUAAAGGAACAACCCAGCUUCCCAGCUGGCCAGCAGCGCCUGAGUCAGACAGGCCCCAGUGACCCUCCGGGUGGCCUACCAGCCCCUCUGGCACCACCCUCACCUCCCAUAACUGUGGUGCCCCAAGAUGCAGCAGCACCAGCCAGCACCAUGCUAGAGCCAGCAGCAGAGACUGCCGUCCAGGCAGGGGGUCAAGGAACCUCUCAGGGGCCAGCCAGUGAGCACGAAACCACCCAGGCACUGGCCGAGAUGCACGAUGCCCAGCGUGCCAUGCAGCCCCUCAGCACAGGCCCAGGCCCUUGCACCUCAGCUCCAGAGGUCUCCAGUUGUCCCACAGGUUUGGGGGAGCCCCCCUCAAACAGGGAGGUCAGUACCCCAGGGGAGCCGCAGCCUACUGUAGUGCCAGGGCCCUGCCCCCCCAGUGGGGCCCUGCAACCUGCUCUGGGUCAGCCACCACCUCCACUCCCCACCGCAGUGGGGGCCAUCGGCCUGGCUGCCCCUCAGCUCCCUAGUCCCCCGCUGGGGCCCACUGCCCCACCACCACCACCCUUGGCCCAGGAGUCAGAUGGGGAAGGGCCGCCCCCCAGGGUGGGCUUCGUGGACAACACCAUCAAGAGCCUGGAUGAGAAGCUUCGGACUCUGCUCUACCAGGAGCACGUGCCUACCUCCUCAGCCUCAGCCGGGACCCCUGUGGAGGCAGGCGACAGAGACUUCUCCCUGGAACCCCCAAGAGGAGAUGGGCCGCAGCGGGAGGCCUUGGCGGGAGAGCUUGCCCAGCCACCCCAGCCCUCAUUGGAGAAAUCAGAGACAGCCCCUAUGGGAUGGGGCCCAGUGGAGCAGGAGCAGGAGCAGGAGCAGGGUGCCUCUUCACCAAUAACAGCAGAGUCUUCUUCCAGCAACACAUUGGGCUGUGACAGUGAUGGGGGACAGGUGGCCUCAGACUUGCCCGCAGUACCCAGUGCCCACCAGGCCAUCCCUGCUUCUGCAAGCCCUGCAUGCGCACGGCCCACAGACCAAAAUGGCAGAGUUCCCCGGGAAGCCUCAGAAGAGCCCAUGCAGAGCCACCCAGGGGCAGUCACAGAAGGCGGCCAGCUCAGCUGCCCUCAGACACAUGGCACUCGGGCUUUGGGGUCCCCGAGGAAGCAGCCAGGGCAGCAGGAGGGCAGCUCAUCAGCCAAGACUGUGGGCCGUUUCUCAGUGGUGAGCUCACAGGAUGAGUGGACGCUGGCCUCCCCGCACAGCCUGAGGUACUCCGCCCCACCUGACGUCUACCUGGACGAGGUUCCCUCCAGCCCUGAUGUGAAGCUGGCUGUGCGGCGGGUGCAGACGGCCUCCUCCAUUGAGGUCGGUGUGGGCGAGCCUGCAUCCAGUGACUCUGGAGAUGAGUGCCUGCGGAGGAGGCCCCCAGUGCCGAAGCAGUCCUCCCUGCCUGGUAGUGGAGGUGUGGCCAGUGACUUGGUGAAGAAGGCCACGGCCUUCCUGCACAGGUCCUCCAGGGCCGAGUCCCUGGACCCCGAGACACCCAGCAGGGCGAGUGUGAAGGUCCCCACCAUCAGCGUCACCUCCUUCCACUCCCAGUCAUCCUACAUCAGCAGCGACAACGACUCAGAGUUUGAGGACGCUGACAUCAAGAAGGAGCUCCGCAGUCUGCGGGAGAAGCACCUGAAGGAGAUCUCGGAGCUGCAGAGCCAGCAGAAGCAGGAGAUUGAGGCUCUGUACCGCCGCCUGGGCAAGCCACUUCCACCCAGUGUGGGCUUCUUCCACACGGCGCCCCCGACUGGCCGCCGGAGAAAAACCAGCAAGGGCAAAUUGAAGGCUGGCAAGCUGCUCAACCCGCUGGUGCAGCAGCUCAAGGUCGUGGCCUCUAGCACAGGUCACUUGUCUGACUCCAGCAGAGGCCCUCCCGAUAAGGACCCUGCCCACGCCAGCACGCCCCCGUGUGCGAAGGCAGUUCAGACCCAGCAGCCCUGCUCCGUCCGAGCCUCCCUGUCCACAGACAUCUGCUCCGGCUUAGCCAGUGACGGAGGCGGAGCGCGUGGCCAAGGCUGGACGGUUUACCACCCAACGUCUGAGAGAGGGGCCUAUAAGUCUAGUAGCAAGCCUCGUGCUCGAUUCCUCAGUGGACCCGUAUCUGUGUCCAUCUGGUCAGCCCUGAAGCGUCUCUGCCUAGGCAAAGAACACAGCAGUAGGUCCUCCACCAGCAGCCUGGCCCCAGGCCCCGAGCCGGGUCCCCAGCCCACCCUGCAUAUCCAGGCGCAGGUGAACAACAGCAACAACAAGAAAGGGACCUUCACCGACGACCUGCACAAGCUGGUGGAUGAGUGGACGACCAAGACGGUGGGGGCAGCGCAGCUGAAGCCCACGCUCAACCAGCUAAAGCAGACGCAAAAGCUGCACGGCAUGGAGGCCCCCAGCGAGGUGCGGGCUAUGACCACACCUCGAGCAGGAAUGGGGAUGCCAUAUCUGGCCGCAGCACCUGGCCCUCUGUCCACCGCAGCCAUUCCCGGAGCUAUCCCGGCCCUGCCUGUGCCCACACCAGAUCCCGAGAGCGAGAAACCCGACUGACAGGCACAGGCACCACCAGGCCCAUGUCGCAUCAUCCAGCGGCGCUGUGACAGACCUUCCGGGCCAGCCCCUCCUCAAGUCCACUUCACACUGUUUUGUAACCACUUUCUAAGCAUUUUUUAUUCACAAUUGGAAACACAAAUGUAAUGCAAGAAUAAAAAAUAUUUUGGGGGAGAAAGGA